CCACAACCGAGCCCAACCCACACACUCGCUCCUUCCUUCUCCAGCCCUUCCACACACAAACCCGCAGCAGAGAGAGACGAGAGAGAGAGGUCGUAGGCAGCCGUUGCUUGCUGGCCUAGCUAGCCGCUGCGUGCUUGGCUCUGGUGGGCAUCUAGAUGCUCUCGUUUCCUUUCGCGGCGUCUGCUCAGCUACGCCGGAAUCCCUCCGUCUCCGGGCCUUCCCUCCCUCCUCUCAUGGCCUAGAUUCGUGCCAGUGCUGCUCGUAGCAAUCAAUCCAGAGCCGUUUCUUUCUUCUUUCCUCGCGCCUAGUACGUAGCGUAGCCUGCUCUGCUGCUGCUGCCUGCUCGCUUUGAAUACGCGCCCGCCCUCCUCAAAACGCUCAAACCUUGUCCCUUUCCCGCAAACCCCUACCGCCUUUUGGUCGCUCUAGCUCUAGCGCACAGGCAGGCAGGCAGGCAGGCACAGUACUAUACUCCCCGGGCGCCGCGCCGGGCUCUUUCACCUCGUCUCGGUCUCAGGUGGGCGGGCGGGCGUCCAGCACCUGCACUGUGCCCUCCUCUCGCCUCUCUCUUCCGCCAUAUAUUCCGCCCCCGCCUGUCACCGCGCACGAGGAGAGGAGAGCCGCGCUUGUGAGUCGUGAGUCGUGACUUGUCGGAGCCAGCUCCUCUGUCUCCAUCGCUGUCUUGAUUUGUCGCCUGAGCUGGGAGCAGCGCCGGCGAGGGAGCGAGCUUGCUAGGGGCGGUUGACUCUCACUCACUCAUGGCGUGGAGCGGGUUCAGGGAGGCGGCGGCGGGGGAGAGCGGCCUGGAGCUCAGCCUCGGCCUCCCCGCCUACUUCACCAAGCCGGCAGCACCACCUGCAGGUCUGGACGGGCAGGAGUCGAGCGGCGCCGGCGCCGGUGAUUUUGCUCGCCAUCCUGAUGGAGGAAGCAACGGCUCCAAGGCCAAGCCGGCAGCAGCAGCAGCUCCGGUCGUGGGGUGGCCGCCGGUGCGCUCGUUCCGGCGGAACCUGGCCGCCUCCAAGCCGUCGUCGUCCAAGGAGGACGGCAGGGCAAGCAAAGACAAGGGCGCCGACGAGCCUGCGGGCCGGAAGGGCCUGUUCGUGAAGGUCAACAUGGACGGCGUCCCCAUCGGGCGGAAGGUGGAGCUCAAGGAGGACGGCAGCUACGCUGACCUCUCCGCCACCGUCGACAAGCUCUUCCGCAGCCUCCUCGCCGUGUUUCCUGCCUGUGCAUGUAGCUCAAAGGGACGCCGCCGCUGCCCCCGACGCGAUCGCCGGCGGCGAGUACACGCUGGUGUACGAGGACGACGAGGGCGACAGGAUGCUGGUCGGGGACGUCCCAUGGCAGAUGUUCAUCGUCACAGCGAAGAGGCUGCGAGGGCUGAAGAGCUCCGACCUGCCAGCCUCGUCGCUGACGGCGGCCGGGAGCAGGAAGAGGCCGGCGGCCGCGGCUAUAAUUAGAGCCGUGUCUGUGACGAGGGUUAAUCCUGUUUUGCUACUACGUACGUACGCACGUAUGAGGAUGAAAUCACGGCUAUAAUUAGAGCCGUGUCUGUGACGCUGCUGCUAUUUUGGGGGCCAUCGUGGCCGUAUUUUGGUGCUUUUUUUCUACUUCUAACUAGAUGCGUUCGUCGGAUGCUCUAAUCUAAUACUAGUACUAGUAUGUUCUUAGUGGUAUAAUUGCACAAAUACUUCGUGUGAACUUGAUCUUUGCCGGUUGUUUGUUUGUGGUGCUGCUCGAACAGUGUUGGUUCAGGUCCAAUUUCUUCUGAUCGAUGUAUAGGACCAAAAAAAGGACACACAUGUAGAAUUUAGAUUUUUAGAAAGAUGAUUACCCCUGA